AUGGGACCAGAAAACCAAACACACGUGUCAGAAUUCCUCCUCCUGGGACUUUCUGAGAAGUCAGAGCAGCACCUUCCCCUCUUUGGGCUCUUCCUGGGCAUGUACAUGGUCACUGUGGUUGGGAACAUUCUCAUCAUGCUGGCUAUUGGCUCUGACUCCCACCUCCACACUCCCAUGUACUUCUUUCUCUCCAAUUUGUCCUUGGUGGAUGUCUGUCUAGUUACUACCUUGGUCCCCAAGAUGCUGAUGAACCUUCUAACACACAAUAAGGUCAUUUCGUAUACUGGUUGCUUUGCUCAGAUGUACUUUUUCAUUGUUUUUGCUUGUUCAGACAAUUUGCUCCUCACUGUGAUGGCCUAUGACCGCUUUGUGGCCAUUUGUCACCCUCUGCACUAUGUCACCAUGAUGAGUCCACGGAUUUGUGGCUUCCUGGUUCUAAUGGCAUGGACUAUUAGUCUUCUAAACUCUGUUCUCCAAAUUCUAAUGGUGAUGAGUUCCAUGGUACCAAGAAACCAAACACAAUUCGCUGAAUUCAUCCUCCUGGGAUUUUCUGAAAAACCAGAUGAGCAGAGGCCCCUCUUUGGGCUGUUCUUGGGCAUGUAUUUGGUCACAGUGGUUGGAAACCUGAUCAUAAUGUUGGCCAUUGGCACUGACUCUCAUCUCCACACACCCAUGUACUUCUUCCUUUUCAACUUGUCCUUUGUAGAUAUCUGUGUGGUGUCCACCACAGUCCCCAAGAUGCUCGUGAGCAUCUUGACACAAAAUAAGACUAUCUCCUAUGCCGACUGUAUUGCCCAGAUGUCCUUCUUUAUUGUUUUUGGUGAUGUGGACAUUUUCCUCCUCACUGCAAUGGCCUAUGACCGUUUUGUAGCUAUCUGUCACCCUCUACACUAUGCAGCCAUUAUGAGCCCUCGACUCUGUGGCCUGCUGGUGCUGCUUUCCUGGAUAAUAAGCUUUCUAAACUCCCUUCUUCAUAGCCUAAUGGUAACACGGCUCUCCUUCUGUACACACCAUGAAAUUCAGCACUUCUUUUGUGAUGUUGCUGAGGUUCUGAAACUCUCUUGUUCUGAUACUCUCAUCAAUUUUGUCUUGAUAUGUGUUAUUAUUGGACUGCUGGGUAUUCUUCCCUUCACAGGGAUCCUUUUCUCUUAUAGUCAAAUAUGUUCUUCCAUUUUGAAAAUCCCAUCUGCUCGGGGUAAGUACAAAGCCUUUUCUACCUGUGGAUCUCACCUCUCUGUUGUUUCCUUAUUCUAUGGCACAGGAUUUGGAGUAUAUUUGAGCUCCUCUGCUACCCACUCUUCCUGGAAGAGCACAGUUGCCUCAGCAAUGUAUGCUGUGGUCACCCCCAUGUUGAACCCCUUCAUCUAUACACUAAGGAAUAAGGACAUAAAAGAUGCCCUCAGGAGGCUCAUUAGCAGAAUAGCCUCCUCUCAGUGA